UCUCAGUAUUCUAAAACGUCCCCAGUUACAGCAUUCACUCCAGUAUUAAACCUUCAAUUCACUGUGUUUCAUCCCAGGGAGAUUUUCCGAGUGCUGGGCCUGAUGAAAAUGGAUAUGCUGAAUACCAUCCAGAGCAUCUGCUCUCAUUUGCAAGACCACAUUGUCCAGCAUGAAAAGAAGAAAUUCUAGGAACCCUUGGAGAAGCUGCCUACUAAGACUUGUGGCUGUGAUGAGCAGCAGCAGGAGUGCCCAUGUCCUCUUUGCAGCCACCACACCACAGCCACCAGUAGCACAACUUUGCCUAGUCUUGCAUCCAUGCGAAACCGAGGAUACGUGAAUCUGCUCUGCUGGGAGCCUGGACAAAAGGAAUACCCUGAGAUAGGAAAAGUGCUUGAGCAGGAUGUACAAGUGCAGGUGAAUGAGCUUACCAUCAUAGCCUCAGUCCUGCUAGUGACCAGAGGCAUCUGUGAAGCACCUCAUGUAGCUUACCUGGGUUUGUAUAAAGAAGCUUUAGAAGACAUGGUGAGCACGUGCUCCAGGAGGUCAGCAGGACUCCCUCAGCUGGGUUACUCUGCUUGUACCCUGACAUACACUUCCCUGAAAGGUCAGAUACAAAGCAUUGCAGACAACGACAACACAGCCCAGCACAUCAUUGGUGAAUCCAUUCAUUCCUUCCUCUGCCUUUUCAUUUCCCCUGAUGGACAGAGUGAAGAGCCUUGGUUCUGUUCAGAAGAGCUGUGGGAAGCUGGGAGCAGGUUUGGAAGUGUGAUCCACCACAACAGGCAGGAGUUUGGAGCUCACCACUCAGGAAUUCUCACGAAGCUGCUUCUCCCAGAUGCAGAACCAGACUCAGAUCAAGUGGAUUCUUUCUGAUCUUCUUCACCACCUGGCAGAGGUGGAACACUUCCUCCCACAGUACCUCAAAUCAUGCCUCAGUUCGUAAAAAUCAACUGGACAAAUCCACAGGGACCAGCAUUACUACUGUGCAGUGACUCUGCAUGUCUGUAUCUGAAUAAACCUCCCAACUACAAAACGUAGUGCUGCUUUUUCCCCCAAACCUGCCACUAUUUGGUGGGGAAGGCAACAGGAUGUGGAGCUGGUACAGCUGCAGAGGAGCUCAGCCUGUUUUAAUUCAAGGUGUUAAUUCUGCCAUGGGUCUGUAACCUACUUUGCUGAAGCUUUAGUCACAGCCCAGGGAUGCUGUUUGCAUUUGAUAAGGCCACAUGGUAUUUAAAAUCAUUAAAUCUGCUCAAUAUGGUUCAAUGGUAGCUUGAAAACCUGACUGAAUUAUUAGAAAUGGAACAUAUGGUAUAAAUUUAGCAAUCCCUGGUGUAUUUAGUAUUUCACAUCAGCCAGAUUUCACUUGACAUGAAAAUGGGAACUUUAACCUGUCUAGAUUUCUUGCUCUAAUUUUACAUCAUGAAAAUGUCCUAUUUGUUGGCAAGCUCAAGAUCUCUGCUGGAUAAAUACUAAAUCCAGUGGCUGCUGUCACAUGAACCACUGGCUGCUGUGAUUUCACUGUUCAUCAUUAGUAAAUGAGGGUCCUCUCAGUCCCAAUGGAACAAUCCUUCCAGGCGCACAGUAAUGGGGGUACAAAUGAACAUUUCUCACCAUACCCAAAGUGGCUGGAGAUCUUGAACAGAGCCAGUGGAUGUGUUCUUACGCAUAAAUAACGCAUUUGUCUCAAAACAAUGACACUCCAUGUUUGCGGUCAUUAUGACUA